GCCGCCGAGCUCAAGCAGCGGCUUUCGGCCUCGAACGGCGUGCUGAACAUUUGGGACAGAGACUUAGUUCCUUCUGCGCGUGGCGGCUCCUGGGGGGACCGAUUUGACUGGGAGAGGAGGACCAAGUUUGAGUAUAACCACACUGUCGAGGUCAACACGUACGCAUACGAGGAAGGCGCCUUGCUUUCCGGCUGGAUGAUCGCUGUCAUCGUCAUCGUGCCCCUUGUCGUGCUGAUCGGAAUCGUCGUGCUGUGCGUAUGCAUCUGCAGGGGCUGCGCGGGGCGAAAGGUGUACACCUCGCACGUUUAUCAGGCAGGACCACCGCCUUACCCAGUUAGCGCCGGAAUGCAAGCGGGACACAAUAGAUGAGCCCUGGCAUGGAUCUUCGCUCGUGGCACCCACAAGCCCCCGCUUUGGGAGACCUCUCAAAUAUUUGGAAACGCUGAUCACAGCCUGUUGGUUUCUCGCUGAGUGAAGGGCCGGUAUGAUGUAGCGAUUCCUUUCGCGCGAUUCUGUUCCUUACCUAUCGCCCGUCACUCAGGUGCAGGUGAUUGCGACGAUAAUGUACGUAGGCGGACAUGGCCUUCGAGAUCACCUUCGCUCGCAUAGCGCGCGCGAUCUCGGAGGCGAUGAUGCGGAGCGCCGCCCAGACGUCACUAGCGAAACGCGAAAAGGAAUAGCACUGGAAUAGAAUCGCUACGUUAUCCCGGCCCAGGAUUCGUAUGGGCGGUACUCGCUGACGUCACGGCAUGCCGAACAAAGUAAUGCCGAACAAAGUUCUGCCACAUUGCCUGCUUUCUUUGUCUUGCUGAAAGGCUGACCGCGUAUUCGCUUAUCUGCUUAAAGGAGUAACAAUGGCGGAUUUAUACGUACCCCCGGAAGGCGAGUGAUAGUUUCGGUUUCAAGGAACAUGCGUGCUCCUAGUGGUUGCCGGGGAUCCAAAGAUCUGGGGAAACGAAGCAAAGUAGAUGUGGAUAUUCGCAUUUCUUGUUAUUCGCAAGCAUUUAGAAAUAAAGAAAUUUGAGUGAACGGCAAACAACUCUUAUUUCUGUUUAGUUAUUUUUUUGCUUUUGUGAAUUUUAAAUCGGGCGAAUCACGGGAAGUGGACGACUUCGUGCGUCCGUCGAGCUUGCCUCCGCUCACCCUUGCCACUAGCUCAGCGAUAACACAAGUCGGAUCGCGCUCGGUCAUCUGCUGCGGUUGUCGUGCCAAGUAUGAAGAUGGGAAAGAUUAUACUUACGCUUGAUCAGGCGUGCAAGAAACGGAAGACGCGCCAUUAUACGAAGAUGGCUAAAUCGGGGCAUCACAUAUCUUGAGCGGCUCUGUGGUGUUCUAAUACCGGGAUAUCAAGUUCUGCGAAGUUUUUCAGGUUCCUUAAUGGCAACAGGUGCGACGUCUGUUGCGGGACCGGAGAUGGUGAGCAAGCGGUUAGCGACGACCUUAGCGUUAGCGCUGGUACUGGUGGCCGCAGCGUCCGCCAAGGGCGUCCAUGAGCCAGAACGGUUGAACGCCGACGUUGACAAGCAUGCCGCUGACGACUUCAUUAAUCCGAUCUCCGUUGUAUCGCCAGUGGUUGGUCUCGCCAAGGGCAUCAUCGCCGCCAUCAUCAUUAGCGUCAUCAUAGUCGUGGUCCUUAUCAUCGUCUGCUGCGUAUGCAUGUGUAGGGCUUGCGCAGGCAAGAAGGAGACGCACACGGUCGUGUACACGGGUCACCCGAACCAGCAGAUGCCGCAGCAGUUCCCGCCCCAGAUGCACCAGCAGUGGCCGCCAGGGGCGCAGCCUACCUCACCGCCUCACGAGUACCGCGGGCCAACCGAGCCCUCCAGCCAGCCACAGGCCUACAGCGCACCGCCGCCAGCUUACCCACCCGGCCCUGCCUACGUGCCACCCAACAAGUACUAGCCGUGGAUCUAAGUGCUCGGCGGGGGCUCGAGCACAAAGGCACACGUGGUGUCAACUUGUCUACGACGCGCGCAUGCACUAACGCACAACUUAUUGGUCAUAAAGAAUCACGCGGAUCUGUAC